UCCGAAUGUUGAAAAAUGGCCGAGGAUGGCCAAAAUUUCGGGAUUUUGCAAGAUUUACAAGUUCAUUUACGAACAGCCAAGAUACCUGUUGAAAAUUUAUCCACACUAGCGCAAGAGGGAGAUGAACAGAAAAGUCAAAAAUAUGUGUUGGAUUCCGAGAGUCUCAAGUUAAUUGAGCAGUUUUUGACAGAGAAUAUAAAAUUAGAAGGAAAUGGUCCAGAUGUAAUACAGAGUCAGUUGUAUAUAGCUUGUUUUUGGGGCAUUAAAGAUGUAGUAGACCAUUUGUUGAGAAACAAAACAGAUGUAAACAGACAGAAUAAAUUAACAUUGUGGACACCUCUUCAUGCAGCUACUUUCCAAGAGUAUGGACCUAUAGUGAUGUUGUUAUUAGAAUAUGGUGCUAAACCAGACAGUCCAGACUCAGUCGGCAGAACUCCUAUAGAUUUUGCCUCAGCAUCAGAUAAAAUUUGGCCACAUUUUGCUGCACUUGGUUGCAAGCGUGUUUCAAGAGCAGAGUUAGUGGAGAAGAGAGUGCUCAGACCAUCAUCUAGUCAAUUUGCGGGUAGAAAAAUGAGAGUCCCAGGUCAAGGAAUACAGAUGGCCUCCUAUGAUCGGGCAGAAUCCAAAUACGAAUACAACAGUGAUCCAUUUAUACAGGCAGCUGUUACAGGGGAUGUGUUAGCAGACCAAGGUGAAAGUUCAAAUCUAGGUUCUACGUCUAGUAAUCCUCAGUUCUCAAUGUGGAGAUGAUACAGGACUCAAGUUUUAUGUUACAGGAUAGGAACAUGAUUGUGAGAUGUGAUACAAGUUAAAAAGACCAUAUUCCCACAUUACCCUUCUCAAAGAAUGGCUGUAACUGUCACCAUAAAGGGGAACAUUUUACAAUAUUUUCAUAUUGUCAUUUUUAUCAGCCUUUUCUGUUAAUGUUGUUAUUUAUAUUGAUACCAUGGCUUAACUUGUUAUAUUUUCAAAGGACUCAUUUUCAACAAUAAGCUUCAAUAAGAUGUCGCAAGGUUUAUGAUUCCAAACAAACCGUCUAUUCAGGAAGAAUCUAAUAGAAUGUUAAAUAUUUUUAAUCUUGUGAAUCUUAAAUAUCCUUUUAAUAUUGCUCAAGAAUUCUGUUUUAUGUUUAUAAGCUCAAAAGUUCAGAUUAUUUUUCUUCUUUUUCACUUUUUCAAGGACAUUCCAAUUUAACAUUCCAUAUCUUCACAAUGUCACAUUUCCUAACAAAGACUUGAGAUUAGCUGCAAUAUUCAUUUUUUUUUCACUACAGAAAAUUGUACACUCACAGGCAAAAGAACAGGAGUAAUUAAUUUCAAAUAAUUUUCAGUUUUUUUGGUGGUUUUUUUUUUUCACAGAUAUAUGUUUGAAUUUGUGUUCAUUUCGGAAGAGUUUUGAAGUAGCUUGCAUUUGUAGAAAGGUGUUUGUAACUCUUCGCCUCCAUCAUCACAAUGGGAUUAAAAAAUAUUAAAUAAUCUAAGAAUAUAAGACCAAAUAUGAAAUUCAGUUUAGACAUAUACUUAUUUAUUUAGAUUGACUUUUCAAAGAACAGGUAGAGCUAUUGCACUCACCCAUUUGUCUGCAUUCAGAUUUGGUUAAGCCUUUGUAUGUUAACUGGUAUCUUAGUAACCACUUGUGGGCAUGAAUUGAAACUUGUUCACUGAGAUGAUGUGACCAGGUUCCAUAACUCUACUUUGCAUCUUUACAAAAAGGUGCCCCCUUUUUUUUCGACUUAGCAGUUUUUUGUUUAGUUUUUGCAUAUAAGCUGGUAUCUCAGUACCCAACAAUGGGGAUGAAUUGAAACUUAACACACUAGUCCAUUGUGAUGAGCUGACAUGAAUUUUACAGGUUCUAUAACUCUGUCUUGCAUUUUUACAAAAUUAUGCCCUGUUUUUUACUUUAUAUUCAUUCGAAUAAUUAACUUUGUUUAGUGACAAGGCUGUUGAAUAGUCAAGCGUUGCUGUCCUCCGACAGCUCUUGUUUCACAACAGGCUGAUACCUAAUGAAAAAAUAUGUUUUAGGCCUGACUUUUUAAAGAAUGGGUUGAGAUUUUGCUUUUGUCAAUUCAUCAAUGUCUGUGUCCCAUUUUGGUUAAGUUUUUAUAAGUAAGCUGAUAUCUCUGCAGCCAUGCAUGAGAAAUGUUUGAAAUUUAACUCGCUUGUUCACUGUGAUGAUCUGCAUGGGUUCACAACUCUGUUUUGCAUUUUUACAGAGAUAUGCCCUGUUCCCAAGUUUUCAUAUUCAUUAAACUUUUUUUUCAGUGACUGGGCUUUUGAAAAGUUGAGCAUUGCUGUCCUCUGACAGUCGUUGUUGUAUGUUUAAUUAUUUUUAAGCCAUUUCUGUCAAUGUUGAAGAAUACUGACUUAGAGUUUUUGCUAUUUUUAUGUUUUGUUUACACUAGUUGUUAUGAAUCAUUGUGUUUUCUCAUAUAAAUAAUUCCUCCUCUAGAAAAAAAUCUCAGUUUUAUGAUUUGAAACAGCUUUGAAUCUGCCUUUGAAGUUUUCUUGACAAGUGUUCUGUGCAAGAUUGUCAUAAAAACUGUAGAGAAACUUGAUAUUCAGCAUAUAAGCAGAAUCUCAAUAAUGAACCUGGUUGGACAAAAAUACACAAGUGAAAAGUCGUGACUUCUAAAUCAUUAUUCUUCAAAGCAUUUUUACUUGUUUAUGUAUUAUGGGUACAUUUGUAAUUUUUUCUACACACUUUCCCACCAUUAAGGUAGUUCUGCAUGUUUGGAUUGAAAUGUUUUCUACAAUGUAGAAUUUGAUUAAACCUUGAGUUUUCAAAACUUCAGAAUAUACUUAGAACAUUCAGCAAAUAAAAAAGAUAUGGCCGUGUGCUUAAUUUUUUGCUAGACUGAUUUAAAAAAUUUGGACUGCAAGCAAUUUUUCAUAAUGGGAUUCUAUGGGAAAAUCACAACUUUCAUAACGUUUUCGGGAAUAGAAAUUUUUCUACAAUGUAGAUUUUAAUGAAACUUCUCAUAGUUGUAAAUAAACAUAUGUUCUGUAAUAUGGUAAAACAAGAGAUCACAGAGUGAUCUUGGCGCCCACCAAUGUGCCAUUUUUGUGUGUUCCAAAUUUCAAGACUUACUGACUAGCUCAAGGUCAAGUUUCAUUUCCGUACAUAACACUGUGCAUAUGGUCUAAAUUCGAAAGCUGUAGCUUGAGAAAUGUGAAAAUAGGUCACUAGGUCAAAAUCAAGGUCAAAUUUUAUUUCGGAAUACAGAACUAUGCAUGUGGUCCAAAUUUGAAGCCUGUACCUUUAAAAAUGUGAAAGUAGGUCACUAGGUCAAUGUAAAGGUCAAAGUUUGUUUCGGUACAUAAAACCAUGCAUGUGGUCCAAAUUUGAAGGCUGUAGCUUGAGAAACGUGAAAGUAGGUCACUGGGUCAAAAUCAAGGUCAAAUUUCAUUUCUGAACACGAAAUUAUGCAUGUGGUCCAAAUUUGAAGCCUGUACCUUCAAAAAUGUGAAAGUAGGUCACUAGGUCAAUGUCAAGGUCAAAGUUUAUUUCAGUGCACAAAACUAUGCAUGUGUUCCAAAUUUGAAGGCUGUAGCUACAGAAAUGUGAAAGUAGGUCAUUAGGUCAAAACCAAGGUCAACUCAUAUCAAGGUUAAUCUUGCCACUCAAAACCAUACAUGUGGUCCAAAUUUGAAUGUUGUAGGUUAUUGACAAGAAGUUUAUAAAAGCUUUUCCCUAUAUAAGUCUAUAUGAACCAUGUGACCCCCAGGGCGGGGCCAUAUUUGACCCUAGAGGGAUAAUUUUAAUAAACUUGGUAGAGAACCACUAGACGAUGCUACAUUACAAAUAUCAAAGCCCUAGGCUUUGUGGUUUGGACAAGAAGAUUUUCAAAGUUUUUCCCUAUAUAAGUCUAUGUAAACCAUGUGACCCCCGGGGCGGGGCCAUAUUUGACUUUGGGGGGAUAGUUUGAACAAUCUUAGUAGAAGAACAGUAGAUGAUGUCACAUACAAAAUAUCAAAGCCCUAGGCCCUGUGGUUUUGGACAAGAGGUUUUUCAAAGUUUUUCCCUAUAUAAGUCUAUAAACCAUGUGACCCCCGGGGCGGGGCCAUAUUAGACCCCAGGGAAAUAAUUUGAAUCAUCUUGGUAGAGGACCACUAGAUGAUGCUUCAUACCAAAUAUCAAAGCCCUAGGCUCUGUGGUUUUGGGCAAGAAGAUUUUCAAAGUUUUUCCCUAUAUAAAUCUAUGUAAAUUAUAGAAAUAAACAAAGGGCCAUAACUUACUAAAAAAUUGUUGAACCAGUCUGACUUUCAGGGGGACACAACUAGGGUACCAAUACAUCAUUCUGACAAAGUUUGGUCAAAAUCCCCCUGGUAGUUUCUGAGGAGAUGCGAUAACGAAAAAUUGUUAACGGAAGGACGGACGGAAUGACGGACGGACGGACGGACGGAAGGACGACGGACCACGGACGCAGAGUGAUUUGAAUAGCCCACCAUCUGAUGAUGGUGGGCUAAUAAAAUGUGUAGGCCCAUGUGCUUGUUUUUGAGCUAUUUAACCCUGAUUAAAGUGAACCGCACAUUUCAAACUAAUUUUAAGACAUUAUUUUGACUUAUUUAACAUGUAAGAUGUUUUAAUACCACAGUUUAACUUUAGAAAGAUAGUAUAAGUGACAUUGUAAAAAAAUUACAUACAGGUUGCCAUUAAUUCAUAAAAUGAUUUUCAUUACGUACGCCGAAUCCAGGCUUUAUUCUACGUUUUCCGGAUAAAUGAUGUUACGCCAUCACUUCCGGUUUGUCAAACGUGCAGAACUACCUUAUUUAAAUCUUUUUUUUGUAUAUUUUAUUUAUUCUAAAAUACAUGUACACAGUAAUCUCAAUACAACAUUAUUAGGAUAAUGCAUUUGUGAUAUCAUUAUUGGCUCAAGACUAUUUUUUGUGAACAUUUCUUGAGUUCAACUCAGUCAGAAUGAAAUCUGAUUUAAAUCUUUGAAAUUUGGACUCUGAAUAUUAAUUUGUCCAAGGAAUAUCCAAAUUGGCUAAAGCCAAGAAAUUUUAUUCCAUGGAAAUUUCACAAUUUCACAGUAAUAUCGAUAUUGGUAUAUGUGCUUUUUGUAAAGCUUAUUAUUUCAAGCUGAUUGAACUGUCACAUUUCAGUGUGGUUUAUUUAUUUUUACAUUUUCAAAUUUACAUGUAUACUGUUACGUCUGGUUAAAAUAAAUAAUGAAUCAAUAAAGGGCAAUUACUCUGUUUAUACUACUGCUUAAAAUUUGAGAUUUGAAUACAAGACAGUCUAGUUCCUAAAAUGAUGUAAUUUAUCUUUGAAACUGAAGACAAUAUCAAAUAUUAUAACAAACACAUACUAAAAGCAAAACCUUUUGCCCUCCUAAAAAGUUGUCUCAGUAUGGAAAAAUGAGUUCAUAAACUGAGACUUAACUUUGUAGCUGGAAGCAAGUUAUAUUGAGAUUACUUUGUGCAUGAAGACAUUUAUUUAUGAUUUAUGCUUACAUCUUGUGUUUUUAAGUGCUGUUGUGUACAUUUUUCAAUGGACAUUUGUUCUGAAACUUUAAAAGGAGUAAACAGUCUAUAAUGUGCUAUAACUUGUGAAAUUUUCAGUAAAAUUGCUUGAGUAAUAUAUUACAAUUAUUUUGAUGGAUAUAUAUAAUGUGGAAAUUAUAAUUAUUAUCCUGGUAAAAGUGGCCUUUUCAAACAGUUUUCAGUAAAAAAAAUAGUGAAAUUUGUGGAAAUAAGUUAUUACUAAUUUUAAGUAUUGCCAAGUAUUCCUGUAAAAAAUUAUUGCCCAGUUUUCCGAUAAAGAACAGCUGAGUAUUCAUCAAAAGAAUUUUUGCUAAUAUCUACAAGAAUAUUGCUAAGUAUUCCUGAAACAAAUUAUUUUUAAGAAAUUCCUGUGAAGAAUAAUUGCGGAAUAUUUCUGAAACAAAUUAUUUCCAAUAAAUUCCUGUGAAGAAUAAUUGCCGAAUAUUUCUGUAACAAAUAAUUCCUGUGAAGAAUUAUUGCCGACUAUUUCUGUAACAAAUCAUUGCCGAGUACUCCUGUAAAGCACAAAGAAAAUGUUUCAGAGGAGUAAAGCAGAAUUGUUUUUUGCAAAUAAAAUUUAUCGGAUUUCCAGUAUGUCUCGAUAGUUUCAGUAAAAUACAUUAUGUUAUAUUGUUGUUCGAUUGUUGUACAAUGCACAGGUUUUACCGUAAAUAAAAUAAUUAUAAUAACA